AUGACACCCCAAAACCUCAUGCUCCUUCCUCUUUCAACCCCUAAAUUAUCCAUUGGAUGCCCAAUACUAGAUCACUGCUUGGGGGGUGGGAUACCCUGCAACUCCAUAACAGAAUUAGUAGGGGAGAGUGGUUCUGGGAAGACGCAGCUUUGUCUCCAACUUACGGUGCGAGCUCAGCUCCCACCCUCACAUGGCGGACUAGGGGGCUCCUCCAUCUACAUAUUCACAGAAUUCAGCUUCCCAUUUCGUCGAUUGCAACAACUAGGCAACCUUUAUCAUGCAUCAUACCCCAACUUAAUAAGGUUGGAGCCAUUGGAAGACAUAUAUGUUCAUGGUGUUCAUGAUGCUCAAGAACUCAUCCAUGUCCUUGGAGACAUAGAAGCAUUUAUUGCCAUUGAUCACACCCGCCUACCUGUGAAACUCAUUGUCAUUGAUUCCAUUGCUGCAUUGUUCCGAUCACAGUAUCAGACAACACCGGCAGAUUUGAAACGGCGGUCUGAAAUGUUCUUCAACAUAUCUGGGACAUUGAAGGGUUUAGCAAAUAAGUAUGGGUUGGCGGUGGUUGUCACCAACCAAGUGGUGGAUUUUAUUGGGCCACAUCAUGGAGUGAAUGGGGUGAGGUUGGGAAACUUGGAGUCCCUGGACACAUCAGGCAGACGGGUGAGUCCAGCUUUGGGACUGGCUUGGGCACAUUGCAUAAAUUCAAGAGUGUUCUUGGCAAGACAUGAGCAAUCUAUUGAGGUUGACAUUCGUAAUGCUCCUUCAACAAGUAUAUGUAGUCAAACACAUAGGACAUUUCACCUUGUAUUUGCCCCACAUCUGGCCUAUGCAUCGGCCGAAUUUGUAAUAAAAAAAGAAGGUAUAGUCGGAGUAUCACAGUAACUGUGUAAUAUAGGAAUUCUAAGAACUUUAAUGUUUUGGAUCCAUUUGGAAUUACAUUCCAGUCCCUUUAAUUUCGCACU